AUGGCUAUCACAGGCUCCAAGUCGAAGCCCGGCAAGCCCUCCGCCAAAGCCAACCAAGCGGCAAAGGCCACCCUCCGCGGCGUCAACUCGCACAAGUCGCGCAAAAUCCGCACCAGCACCUCCUUCCACCGCCCCAAGACGCUGCAGCUCCAGCGCAACCCCAAGUACCCGCGCAAAUCGGUCCCGCACGUCCCCCGCCUCGAUGCCUCGAAGGUCAUCAUCCAUCCGCUGAACACGGAGAGCGCGAUGAAGAAGAUUGAGGAGAACAAUACGUUGGUGUUCAUUGUGGAUGUGAAGGCGAAUAAGAGGCAGAUUAAGGGGGCGUUGAAGAAGUUGUAUGAUGUGGAUUGCUUGAAGGUUAAUACUAUGGUUAGACCUGAUGGCUCGAAGAAGGCGUUCGCGAAGUUGACGGCCGAUGUGGAUGCGCUGGACAUUGCGGCGACGAAGCUGGCGAUUGUCUAG